AUGGCAGAGAGCAAACUGAGAAAUAUGAGCUUUGAUGAAGAGAUAAGUAAAAGGAGGAACCAACCACGACUAUCGCAAACCUCACCAACGAAAACAUCGAAGAUGAAAUCUAAGAAGAUAAGAAAGUCACCGGAGUUAAUGGCGUCGGCAAGGAAGGAAGGACCUGUGAACUUGACCACGGUGGAUUGGCAAAAUGUGCAUCACCGGAGAAUUAUAGCUGCUAGCUUAGUUUGCGGUUCCUAUUUUUUGGAGCAUGACCGUCAAGAAAAUCGGCAAGGCUGUGAAGCUCUUGCACCACAAUGGUGGGAAUUCUUCAACUUUCAGCUAUUGUAUCCACUCAUCGAUAGUAAUGAUUUCUCCAUCUUUGGUGCUGUAUAUGAAUACAAACCCGUGGCUUUUAACAAACAUCAGACGGGAAUUGUUCCACGAUAUAUAAUAGCAUUUAGGGGAACCACUAUCAAGAAACAAUCUGUCUCACAGGAUCUGUGGUUAGACCUGAAUAUUAUCAAACAUGGACUUCACCAAUCAACUCGCUAUAAUGUUGCAAUGGAAGCCGUUCAAAACAUGGUAUCUGCAGUUGGAGCUAGUAAUGUCUGGUUGGCAGGACAUUCUUUGGGCUCUUCAAUCGCAAUGCUUGUAGGAAAAAACAUGGCGAAAACGGGUAACUAUCUGGAAUCAUACCUCUUCAAUACACCUUUCAUUGCGGCUCCAAUUGAAAAGAUUCAGAGUGAAAAAGUGAAGCGUGGGGCUCGAUUCGCUGGCAGCCUUGUCAAAGCAGGACUCACAGUUGCCAUGAAGGGUUCCAAAGAAAACAGAAGUCCAGAUGAUUCGUUUACUGCAUUAGCUGCUUGGGUACCAAAACUUUUUGUAAAUCCAGCUGAUCAUAUAUGCUGCGAGUAUAUUGGGUAUUUCGAACACCGUGACAGGAUGGAAUACUUGGGUGUUUCAGGGAUUGAGAAGUUGGCGAUGCAAACAUCAGUGACAGGAUUAUUAAAGAGUGCAAUUGGAAGAGAAUCGGAAGUAAUACACGUGGUUCCCUCAGCUUCUCUGACUAUUAAUCGAAGUCCAUCUUGGGAAUUACCGACUUUCAUGCAAGCUCAUGGGAUUCAGCAAUGGCUUAAAGAGGAUUUGCGUUUGAAUUCUAAGGUCUACCAGUACAGACUAUGAUUUGAUAAACUGUAACAACAUUCUUGAUUGUUAACAAAAAUGUUCAAUUGUUGUUUUAUUUUUAAGCUAACUCAUGUAGCAAGGACUUGUUCGACAAGGCCUUAAUUAUGUACCUUGGAGUACACUAGAAGAUAAUCUCUUGUCUUAUCUGUUCAACUGACGUUUCUCUAUGUUGAGAAUAGUCUUACACUGCUUCAAUUUUUAGCUAUACGAAUACAAACUAGGAAUGAAAAAUUGUAAUAACGUUGAAAGUCUUGAUCGUCAACAAAGGUCCAAUCAUGUAGCUUGCUGUAAUGAAUAAAAUAAGAAGUUCUGCGGUGUGGAUUAA